AUGAGUCUUUUUACAAAUGGCGGCCGUGAGCCGCCGCGACUACCACCCACUCCGGCGCAUAUGGCCACCACAACCCUCAAAGUCGACGGAAUGACUUGCGGGGCCUGCACCUCCGCGGUCGAGUCAGGGUUCAAGGGUGUCGAGGGUGCUGGUGCUGUUUCAGUCAGCUUAAUGAUGGGGAGGGCCGUGAUACAUCAUGACCCUAAGAAGUUGUCCCCCGAGAAGAUUGCAGAGAUCAUUGAGGAUCGUGGUUUCGACGCCGAAGUCCUCUCUACCGAUAUGCCCCAACCUCCUACUCUGACGAUUUCGACCGCAGUCUCCAACUCAGAAGCCCCGCUUACGACCACAACAAUAUCCAUACAAGGUAUGACUUGCGGGGCGUGCACCUCCUCGGUCGAGGCCGGCUUCAAAGGGGUCUCGGGGGUGAAAAGCAUGAACGUUUCUCUGCUGGCGGAGCGGGCAAUUGUCCAGCAUGACGGAAAGAUCAUAAGUGCUGAUGCAUUGGCUGAAAUCAUUGAAGAUCGAGGGUUUGACGCCACGGUGAUUGAUUCAAAGCUUCAAGACACCACCAGGCCUGUAGGCGGAGAUGCAGAAGCCAACGAGCAGUCGCAAACAUGGGCUACCACUGUAGCCAUUGAAGGCAUGACUUGCGGAGCUUGCACUUCUUCCGUCGAAGGUGCUUUCAAGAACGUUCCUGGUCUGGUCAAGUUCAACAUAAGCCUCCUGGCCGAACGAGCAGUCAUUUCUCAUGAUCCCGUCGCCCUCCCCUCGGAGAAGAUUGUGGAACUCAUUGAAGAUGCUGGAUUCGAUGCAAAGAUUGUGUCUUCUCAGGCUGAGACGAACAUGCAGGGCUCAACGCAUGUUUCUCAGCAGCUCAAGAUCUACGGUCUUCUAGAUGGACAGACUGCCACUGAGCUGGAAAACAACUUGAGAUCCAAGCCCGGCGUCAAGAGUGCUGUUAUCAGUCUUUCCACGUCUCGCGCCACCAUUGUCUACGACCCUACCGUUACUGGCCUUCGACUCCUUGUCGCAGUCGUCGAGGACGCCGGAUUCAAUGCCUUGGUUGCAGACUCGGAAGACAAUAACGCACAGUUGGAAUCUCUUGCCAAAACAAAAGAAAUCCAGGAAUGGAAGAGAGCAUUCCUCACGUCGCUGGCCUUUGCCAUUCCCGUAUUUUUGAUUGGCAUGAUUAUCCCCAUGUGCUUCCCGUCCAUAAAUUUCGGCGGCAUUGAGAUCAUUUCAGGUCUCCUGUUGGGCGAUGUCAUCUGCUUCGCCCUGACUGUUCCCGUACAAUUCGGCAUUGGAAAGCGUUUCUACAUUUCAGCGUACAAAAGUUUAAAACAUAGGUCACCAACCAUGGAUGUGUUGGUUGUGUUGGGCACCUCUACGGCAUUUUUCUUCAGUUGUUUUGCCGUCAUCGUGGCGGUCUUGAUACCCCCUCACAAUAAGCCUAGCACCAUCUUCGACACUAGCACUAUGCUUAUCACAUUCAUUACUCUUGGGAGAUGGCUCGAAAACCGAGCAAAAGGCCAGACAUCAAGAGCUCUGUCACAGCUGAUGUCUCUGGCUCCAAGCAUGGCGACCAUAUACGAAGAUCCUCUGUACGCCGAGAAGCUCGCCGAUGCUUGGACCGCUCCAUCAUCUCCAGUGCUGGAGAGGACGCCAACCGUGGACCAUAGGAGAGUGCCAUCAGGCCCUGGCCUCUCAGGUCCCUCUGCGAUUGAAAAGGUCAUCCCCACAGAACUUAUCGAAGUCGGAGAUGUCGUAAUUCUCCGACCUGGUGACAAGAUACCAGCUGACGGAGUUGUCACCCGCGGUGAGAGCUUUGUGGAUGAAAGCAUGGUGACCGGUGAGCCCAUGCCUAUUCAGAAGAAGAAGGGCAGCACACUCAUAGCGGGUACCGUCAAUGGUGCUGGCAAGAUCGACUUCAAAGUCACACGUGCUGGAAAGGACACGCAACUGAGCCAAAUCGUCAAUCUUGUGCAAGAGGCCCAGACAAGCCGAGCACCAAUUCAACGAAUGGCAGAUCUCGUCGCAGGUUACUUUGUUCCUAUCAUCAUCCUGCUCGGCUUGAUCACGUUUGUUGGGUGGAUGAUCUUAAGCCAUGUCAUGUCGAAUCCGCCCAAAAUCUUUACGGACGAACAUAAUGGUGGGAAAUUUAUGGUCUGCCUGAAGCUCUGCAUCUCGGUGAUUGUUUUCGCUUGUCCUUGCGCUCUCGGAUUGGCAACCCCAACAGCGGUCAUGGUGGGAACCGGUACUGCUUCGCAACAAGGUAUUCUUGUCAAGGGGGGCGCUGCUCUUGAAACAGCCACCCGCAUCACGCAUGUCGUACUCGACAAGACAGGUACCCUGACUUUUGGGAAACUCAACGUCGCUGACACGAGCUACGCGACUCUGUGGAGCUCAAACGAAUGGCGUCAGAAGCUGUGGUGGACGCUCGUCGGCCUCGCUGAAACAGGAUCCGAACACCCCAUCGCGAAAUCCAUCGUCGUUGCCGCCAAAGAGCGACUCGGCCUAGAACCAGAGGAAGGUCUACCUGGUCAGGUGGGCAUGUUCGGCGUCACCGUAGGUCAAGGAGUUUCAGCCCUCAUUGAGUUGAACACCCCAGGUGACGAAACCAAAUACAAAGUCUAUGUCGGUAACGCUACGUUCUUGGCCAACAAGAAGAUCGAUAUCCCCGCCGACGUUGAGGAUGCGGUCAACGCGGCUCUAUCUCCCACGACCCGAAGUAAAUCCAAGACUGGGAUAACGACCAUCUACGUCGGGAUUAACGGGCAGUACGCGGGAUACAUUGGUCUCUCCGACACGCUAAAACCUACAGCCCACGCCGCUAUCGCCGCCUUGCACAGGAUGGGUGUUUCUACCAGCCUAGUCACUGGAGAUACCUACAACACGGCCCGCUCUAUCGCUGAACUGGUGGGCAUACCUCGAGAAUCCAUUCGCGCAUCCGUCUCUCCCGGUGAAAAGCAAUCCAUCAUCUCAGAACUACAGUCACAAGGAGAAGUUGUCGCUAUGGUUGGCGACGGGAUCAACGAUUCACCUGCCCUGGCAACCGCCGAUGUCGGUAUUGGUCUUGUUUCCGGGAGUGACAUCGCGGUCGAAGCUGCCGAUAUCGUGAUUAUGCGCUCGGACGACCUGCUCAAUAUCCCAACCGCUCUCCAUCUAUGUCGCGUCAUAUUCCGCCGGAUCAAAAUGAAUUUAAUAUGGGCGUGUGCCUAUAACGUUAUUGGACUCCCGUUUGCAAUGGGCAUCUUCUUGCCUUUCGGAUAUCAUAUGCCGCCGUUGAUGAGCGCCACCGCGAUGAUGUUUAGCAGCAUUUCGGUGACGUUAAGUUCGUUAGCGUUGAGAUGGGUCGGCAGGCCCAAGUGGUUGAGUGUCGAGGCUCUGAAGAUGGAAGGAGACCGAUACGGUGCGUCCAUGAUCAGUGCGAAGAGAAGAAAGAGGUUGAACAACGGCGGUUGGACUGGCAAACUGCAGGGAGUCACCGAAGCAUUGUUCGACAGACUCGAAGGCGUGGCCACGAGGAGGAAGGCGCAAGAGAGGGAGAGGGGCAAUUACGUCCCUCUGCGCACUGUUGAUGCAGACGCUGUGUAA